CGAGAAAUAACUUGAUUGAUAUUUUUCUCCGUGUUAAAGAUUUAUUUUUAUUUUGUAAUUCUAAUUGUAAUAUAGUUUUAAUCAUGAGCAAUCGAAAAGACAAUUAUCCAGGUCCGAUACCAAAUCGAUGGCUGAAGUGUCCAAUUAGAUCAGACUCAUUUAUUGGAGAAAAAUUUAUAGCGUUUAAGACUCCUUUGGAUAAAAAAUUUGACCCUCAAACUGGUGAUGCUUACUCAUUUUAUCCUAAUAUGCUGUUUGAUCUGGUGAAAAAUAUCUAUAAGAAAAAAUUGGGAAUGUGGAUAGAUUUGACAAAUACAAAUCGAUUUUAUACCAGAAGCGAUGUUGAGAACAAGGACUGUCAAUAUGUUAAGCUUCAAUGUAGAGGAUUCAGUGAAACUCCUUCUCCAGAGCAAGUUAGAUCAUUUAUUGAGCUAGUCGAUGACUUUCUUGCUAAUCAUCCUCUUGAUAUUAUUGGAGUUCAUUGUACACACGGAUUUAAUAGAACUGGAUUUUUAAUUGUAUCAUAUUUGGUUGAAAAACAUGAUUAUGAUGUCGCAGCUGCUAUUCAGGAAUUCGCAAAUGCUCGUCCACCAGGAAUUUACAAGCAGGAUUAUAUAAAUGAAUUGUUUAAGAAAUAUGGUGACGAAGAUGAUGAUCCAUUACAUGCACCACAAUUGCCAGAUUGGUGCUAUGAAGAAGAAGAAACACCAGAUGACUAUUAUCCACAACAAGAAUAUCAGCAACAACAACAACCAGACACAUCAAAUAAACGAAGAAAUAAUAAUGAUGAUGAGAAUGACGAUAAUGAAGGAAGUACGACAGCCAAAGUUAAGAAAAGAAGGACAGAAAAUAUCAAAUUUGAAGCGACUUUUAUGCCUGGCGUUUCUGGUGUUUCUCUAAUGACUGAUAUCCAAGUAGUAAAUCCAUUAAGAAAUAUGAUUCAGGAUAUGUGCGAAUUCAGUGGAAGUGGAUUUCCAGGUUGCCAACCAAUUUCAAUGGAUCGUCAGAAUUUAAAUUUAUUGCACGUGAAACCGUACAAAGUUUCAUGGAAAGCUGACGGAACGCGCUAUAUGAUGCUAAUUAAGGAUCAAAAUGAAAUUUACUUUUUUGAUCGUGACAAUUCAUGCUUUAAGGUUGAGAAUCUAAAGUUCUUUCGAAGAGAUCUUAAUGAUCAUUUACAAAAUACAUUGGUUGAUGGCGAAAUGGUGAUAGAUAAAUAUAAUGGACAGAGUACGGCACGUUAUUUGGUUUAUGAUAUAGUUUGCUUGGACAGCACAAAUGUUGGAAGAAAGUCCUUUUCUGAGAGAAUGAAGCUCAUUUCAGAACAUAUCAUUAAGCCUCGAAUUGAAUUAAUGCGACGAGGCGUUAUUGUUCGUGAACACGAGCCGUUCAGUAUCCGUAUGAAAGAUUUUUGGGAUGUGACACAAGCAAAGUCGUUGUUGAGUGAAAAGUUUGCCAGACAAUUGUCACAUGAACCUGAUGGAUUAAUUUUCCAGCCUGAACAGGAGCCAUACGUUUGUGGUCGAUGUGAUGAAGUUCUUAAAUGGAAACCAAGUGAGCAAAACUCUGUCGAUUUUAUGCUUAAAAUUGCUGAAGAUGGAGGUGUCGGAAUGUUGACAACGAAGCGAGGUUUUUUAUUUGUUGGUGGAAUGAAAACACCGUUUAGUCAAAUGAAAUAUACUAAAGAACUUAAAGAUUUGAAUGGGAAAAUUAUUGAGUGCAAAUUUGAGAACAACGAGUGGAAGUUUAUGCGAGAAAGAACCGACAAGUCAUAUCCAAAUGCAUACACUACGGCAAUGGCUGUUUGUAAAUCAAUUAAAGAGCCUGUUACAAAGGAAAUGCUUCUCGACUUUAUUGAUAGACGUCGAUUUAAUGUAAAUGAAAGAUAAAUCUAAAUUAUAUGAUUUUUUUAAUGAUAAUACAAUAAAAACUCAACCUUUCAAUUCA